CUGUUCCUUUGGCUCCUCUCUCACGCACAAGCACAAGUGCAAGCAGAAGUAAUCGCAAUGUUGGGCAAGUACUCACACAGGCAGUGGCUCACCCUGAUCGUGUUCGCCAUCGCCGACUUCUGCAGCGCGGUGUGCGUGUCCCUGCAGGCGCCCUUCUACCCCAUGAUGGCCGAGUCUAAGGGCGCCUCGCCCACCCAGUACGGCUUCGUGUUCGGCAUCUUCGAGCUGACGGUGUUCAUCGUGUGCCCCAUCUACGGCACGUACCUGAACAAGAUCGGGCCCAAGUUCAUGUUCAACGCCGGCAUCUUCACCACGGCCACCACCUGCAUCAUGUUCGGGUUCCUGGACCGCGUGAACGACACCACGGCCUUCAUCGGCCUCUCGUUCGUCAUCAGGAUCGUGGAGGCCAUGGGCAACUCGGGCUUCCUAACGGCGUCCUUCAGCAUCAUCGCCAAGGAGUUCCCCGAGAACGUGGGCGCGACCUUCGCGUCCCUCGAGACCUGCUUCGGCCUGGGACUGAUAGUAGGACCCACGAUGGGCGGCGCCCUCUUCGAGCUGGGAGGCUACACGCUGCCCUUCGUGACCCUGGGCGGCAUGCUGCUGGGCGCCGCUUCUCUCACCUUCUGCAUCCUGCCUGCCCACUACUCGGAGGCCAAGGGCGAGAACGAGGCCCAGGGCAGUUUGCUCAGCCUCGUCAGAAUACCCUCCAUUGCCCUCGUCGCCUACGCCAUCGUCGCCACCUCCGCCAGUAUUGGCUUCGUCCAGGCCACGCUGGAGCCCCACCUGCGGCCGCUAGACCUCACGCCCUUCCAGCUGGGUCUCAUGUUCGUGCUCAACGGCGCCACCUACAGCCUCUUCGCACCCCUGUGGGGUUGGCUGUGCGAUAAGUACGUUAGUCCGAAGGCGGUGGUGAUCUUGGGAGGUCUUGUGACCACGGUCGCCUUUGUGGUCCUGGGCCCGGCGCCCUUCCUGCCCAUCCCGACCACGCUGCCGCUCUGCAUCUUCGCCCUGGUGCUCCACGGCACCGGCUUCGGCGCCGAGCUCGUGGCCACCUUCACCAGCGCCCACAAGGACGCCGUGGCCAACGGCUUCCCCGACGACAUCAGCACCUACGGCCUCGUCGCGGGGCUGUGGACGUCGACCUUUGCGCUGGGGGCCUUCAUUGGCCCCUCAGUCGCGGGCGUCCUCUUCGACUGGUGCGGCUUCGCGUGGGCCACCGUGUUCGUGGUCGUGCUCCACCUGGUCGUGGCUCUGUCGUUCACCGUCCACAUGGCCGUCAGCCGGCCAUCUGCGCCGUCCAUCUUCGCCAAGACCCACGAGAGCCUGGCGCAACACGACGCCGAGAAGACCCUCCUCAUCGUCGGCCGCCCCGGCGACGAGAGCGGAUUCAGCAGUUCUGGCAGCUCGUCCUUUGAGGUGUCCGUGUCCUCAGAAAUCCGUCCGUGAGGCGUGGCUGAAGGAAGGCUGGUUGGGAACUUAGGAGUGCAGGAGUUUCUUGAAGGUCAGCGUCGUGUUCUUUGCUCGUGAGAAAUUGGGAUACGCGCUUAAGCAGUUUAAUUUGUUAGUAUUCUGUUUACCUGAUGUUAUCAUAAUAUUGUAGUUCCUAGCAGCAGGUCAGUCUUCUGUAACGAUCUUGUAGAUUGUAAUUAUCUGAGUACUGAUAUUUCUAGUCAAGGUUGAGGCACUGCCUUCAGUAGCCAGUCAAAUGUCCCUUAAGGUCGGAAGUAGGAUGAAAAUGAUUGAAGUAUGAACUUCCCUGAAUAAAUGAGGAAGUGUUAGGGAUUUAUAUUUUAGCUGGUCACGAUCGGUAUGUGUUUUUCCAGGUGAAGGUU